UCUCUCUCUCUCUCUCUGCGAAAACACUUUCGGGAAGAAUAAAGUUUUUUCGUGCGCUCAGCCAGUCUUUACUCAGAGCCAACCUGUGGCCUAGCAGGAAGAACGGCCCGACUAUGUGGAUACAGAAACUGGCCCUUGGGAAAUCCUUGGCUUGUCUCGCAUGUCUCGUGACGCUCGUCGAUGCUUAUCGGUUCCUGAGCCAGAGCACAGCCUCCCAGUUCCUGAGCCGGCACAAGAGAGCCAACUCCCUGUUUGAGGAGAGCAAGAAGGGCAACCUGGAGAGGGAGUGCAUCGAGGAGCUGUGCAACAAGGAGGAGGCCAGGGAGAUCUUUGAGAACGAGCCGGAGACGGAAUACUUCUACCCCAAAUAUGUUGCUUGUCUGGGUUCACACCGUGUCGGCAUUAACAAUCCAAACCCAGAUGCCAUCCCGUCGGAUCUUCGCACCUGUGUGAAGGAGAUCAAUGACCAGUGCACGCCGCCGCCAUGCUACAAGGAGGGUUCAAAGAGCUGUGUGGACGGACUGGCCUCCUUCACGUGUGAGUGUAAGCCCGGCUGGAAGGGACUGCGCUGUGAGGACGACAUCGAUGAGUGUUCAGAUCCUGAAUUUCUAGCGGGAUGUAACCAGAAAUGUUACAACAUACCUGGUAGUUUCCACUGCAGGUGUGAAGAGGGCUACUACAUCAAUGACAAAGUGAACUGCGUGGAUAUUGAUGAAUGCCUGUUGUACCCCAGGAUCUGUGAAGAACCGGCUAAAUGUGUCAACACGCCGGGCAUGUAUGAGUGCCAGUGCCCCCUGGGUUUCAAAUAUAACUUCACUUCCAAGAUCUGCAAUGAUAUAGAUGAGUGCGAGAUGAGUGUGUGCGACGGGACGUGUAUAAACAGUGUGGGCAGCUAUGCGUGCCACUGUGACGGUCGCCAGGGUCUGCUUUUGGCGAAAGAUGAGCGGUACUGUCAAAGAAUCCCCGUUUGUGUGGAACUGUAUGACCACAGACACCCUGAGAUGCUUUACCUGGGAGAGCAGUUUGCAGGCCUUCCUGUCAUCUAUCUGCGCUUCCGUCUGCCAGAGAACACAAAGUUUGCAGCGGAGUUUGACUUACGUACAUUUGACCCAGAGGGAGUUGUGCUGUACGCAGAGUCAUCGCAGGACUCGUGGUUUAUGUUGGGGCUAAGACGCGGUCGCAUUGAAGUCCAGUUUAAAAACCAGCACGCGUUCAAGGUCACAAGCGGAGGGAAAGCCAUCAAUGAUGGACAGUGGCAUGUGAUCUCUGUGGAUGAACUGGAGAACAGCAUCAGUGUGAAGAUCAAUAAGGAAGCUGUGAUGAGCAUCAACAGCCCUGAUAGUCUCUUUACUUCAGUUAAUGGCAAACUGGAGACCAAGGUCUACAUCGCCGGUUUGCCCAACCGCACUGACAACGUCAACAAACCUAUCAACCCUCGACUUGAUGGCUGCAUUCGGGGCUGGAACCUCAUGAAUCAGGGAGCAUCCGGGGUCAAGGAGGUCAUCCAGGAGAAGAAGAGUAAACAUUGCUUUGUGUAUGUGGAACGAGGCUCUUUCUUCACUGGGGAAGGACUGGCAAACUUCAACAUUGACUACAGUGACUCUGGGAGUUGGACCGUCGAUUUAAAGAUGAACAUACGUCCGUCCAGCAGCACAGGUGUCCUCUUUGCUCUUGUCCACAACAACACAGUCCCCCUGUCAGUUGCCGUGGUAACGCAGGGAGAAGAAGAUGCUAACCUGCAAGUGUUCCUGGACGGCGUCUCUGUGGCAACGCUGGACUCACUGAUGUUGUGUUACCCUGACCGGCUGACAGUGCAGAUGACUGUGACUCCCACAGAAAUCCAAAUGUCAGCUAACUCCUCCACUGUUACCUACAUGAAGUCUGAUGCCCUGCAGGAGGCACUGCAGUACCUCAACAGCACCAUGCAGAACCCCAUCAGUACAUACAUUGGUGGGAUACCAGAUGACAUCCCAUUACCUGCCACCCCUGUAACGGCCUUCUACCACGGCUGCAUGGACAUCACUAUCACCGGCCAGCAGCUGGACUUUGACAACGCUCUCAGCAAACAUAAUAGUAUUAGGUCCCAUUCCUGCCCCCCUGUGUCUGCCCCUGAGAGACACCCUGAGGCAACGCACCCGCACAGAAAGUGACCUUAAUUAACAUCACUUUUUAAAAAGCCCAGCACAUCCGGCAAAGCCACAGCGGACACAUCUUGGGAUAUUUUGGAAGUAGAGAUUUAGAAGAUUUCUGUGAGGCACGAAAAAGUUGGCUUGCCAGUGAGUGAGCAGAAGCUGGAUGGCUGGGUGACGUAGUUGUAGCAGUGUUUUGCUAUGAAUGAAAUGCUUUCCAGGAAACAUGUGAAAAGAGCUGAGCUCUGUAGCACACAUACCAUGUGUUAAAACGAGGUGGUUAUGUUUGUGAAGAAAAAUAAACAAAUGGUCACUGUCGACCAGGCUUUGA